ACCAGCAUGUUGACAUCGACUUGCAAAAACCGGAGGGCACAUGUUUUCCACCGCGAUUAGUAAAACGGAUUCAAAAGGGAUCAUUCAUCAUGAAACUACCACCAGUUUUAUCAUUGCUGAAAGGACUCCGACAGUCUUUGACAACACGCCCCUUAUCCCAUCUUCCCCUGCUCCCUGCCAGAAGACUGCAGAUAUGUCAAAGAUGCUUUAGUGAACUCAAAGCAACAAGAAGCAGUCACGUGAUUCCUCUGUUCCUCAAAGCAGAAGAGCAUAUUGGAAGAACAGCAAUUGUAGACCAAAACAACCGUUUCACUUACGAUGACAUUUUGCACUAUAGUUCCCUGUUGUCACAGAAGAUCAUCAACAGAUGUAAUGGAAAUCCCAAAACUGGCAUAGAAGGUGCAAGAGUGACGUUUCUGUGCGAGAAUGACAUUUCGUAUGUGGUUGCACAAUGGGCAACAUGGAUGUGUGGGGGCGUGGCAGUUCCAUUGUGCAACUUGCACUCAGACUCAGACCUGGUAUACUACAUCCAAGACUCCCAGAGUUCUCUGCUUGUUACCACGACAACGUUUGCUGACAGACUACAACCGAUUUCUGAAGACCUCAAGAUCCAGAUUGAGACACUACAAGCGUCGGACUAUAUGGGGUCCUAUGAUAGAGAUCAGAACAACUGGUUCCUCUCAGACAAUCCAGCAUCCAGCAGCAAGAAGGAUAGGAGGAGGAGCAAGAGUCGCUAUGACGAUCUUCUGGCAACCAAUCAGUACAAGCGGGAACCAGCAAUGAUUGUGUAUACAAGCGGGACCACAGGUCGACCAAAAGGUGUGGUGUUGAGUCACGGCAACCUUCAUGCCAUGAUGUCGGGGAUGAUAACGGCAUGGGAGUGGCAGCCCAGCGAUGUUGUCCUUCACGUCCUUCCACUACAUCACGUGCACGGCAUCGUCAAUGUCCUGAUGACUCCCCUCUUUGUUGGAGCCACUUGUGUCAUGAUGCCAAGUUUUAAUCCAGCAAAGGUAUGGUCAAGGUUGACCAACUUUCUCCCGGGAGAUGUGCGGAUCAACGUCUUCAUGGCUGUCCCAACAAUCUACUCCAAGCUGCUUCAGUACUAUGACGAUGAGUUCAACCAAGAGAGGAAAUUCAGGAAGAGUAUGGCCUUCAUCAAGAGUGCUUGCUCCACCCGGAUCAGGCUGAUGGUGUGUGGUUCCGCUGCACUGCCUGAACCGAUCAUGAGGCAGUGGGAGGAGGUCACGGGUCAUCGACUGCUGGAGAGGUACGGGAUGACAGAAAUCGGCAUGGCGCUGACAAACCCCCUGCAUGGCCCCCGCAUACCAGGCUCUGUUGGUCAUCCAUUCCCUGAAGUAGAUGUGUGCAUAGUGCAGCAGAACGUCUAUGCUGAGAAUGGCUAUGACAUCCUAGCACGUGGAAACUCCAGAACCACCACAGUCUACAGAAGUGGAGAGCAGGGGGAGCUGCUGGUCCGAGGGUCGAGUGUGUUCCAGAAGUACUGGGGAAAACCAGAGGCCACAAGUCAGGCUUUUACCAAAGAUGGAUGGUUCAAAACAGGUGAUACAGCCAUGUAUAAAGAUGGGGUGUACCGCAUCAUGGGUCGGACAUCGGUGGACAUCAUCAAGAGCGGGGGCUACAAGAUAAGUGCCCUUGAUGUAGAACGGCACCUACUGGCUCAUCCAGACAUCGUGGACUGCGCUGUGAUUGGUCUGCCAGACAUCACAUGGGGCCAGAAGGUGGCGGCCAUCUUGGUUUGCAAAGAAGAUCGAGAAGUCACUGUUGGAAUAUUGAAAGAAUGGGCUAAAAACUACAUGCCAUCAUAUCAGAUUCCUACCGUCGUGAGGUGUGUGGAGAAAAUGCCCAGAAAUGCUAUGGGAAAGGUCAACAAGAAAGAAAUUGUUGAAACAGUGUUUCCGGAAACUGUGAAGUAAGGAUGGAUGGUUUGUAUUUGACUGUAUGUUACAUGGCAAUAUCAGUCAGUUUUCAUUACCGUCAGCAUAUAGCUAUUACAAAUGCUGGAUCUUAAAUCUGUCGAUCUUCAAAAUUGUCAGGGAGAAGAAUACACGCACCUUACACUUAUUUUUGCUGAAUAUUUCCUUGUCAUCACGGGUACUCCAGAUAUGUACCUUAGGUACGUUUCUUUAUGCAGAAAUCUAACUUCGCCAAAAUGAGAAUACAGAAAUGUACCUUAGGAAGAAUCCUUUCCUCACCGAUUUCUUGAUUCAAACUGUCGUAUCUGUUGUAACUGUGGCAACAACGACCCCUUCAGACAUAUUUUGAGAUUACCGCAUAUUACCGUAGAUAAGCCGAAUUUUGAGGACCAAAAAUAGCAGUCUGUAGAAGGGGGUCG